UUUACAAUUUGCUAUGUUAUCAACAUUCAGAGGUUCAUAUGUUAUUAAUCAUUUACAAUACUCAUUUAUUAAAAUAUAACUAAAUACACUUUAAGCAGCGUUACUAAUAAUUUAAAUGUUAUUUUAGGUGUAACCAAAGUUUCCACAAUGAAGCACGCAACCAGAUUUUUUAUCAGUCCUGAUAUUCAAGAAGUUAAAGAUUUUAUAUUAAGGCGCGGUCUUACGAAAGAUUCCAACAAUAACACCAUAGCUAAUAUUUCCAACGUUAGCCGAGAAGUAAAAAGUGAAGAAUGGUUGAAACCUGCUUUAGUGAAAACAAUUAAAGAGAUGAAAAACUCUGAGAGUGGAAACUAUAUCUGCAAGGGCAAAAUAAUUGACUUUCACCCUGAAGAAUCAUGGUAUUAUGAGUCAUGUGGAAAUGACAAAUGCUACAAAGGUGUUCCUAAAGGAAGCAAAAUCGGAGAUUAUUGCAAAAAAAUGCAAAAAACCGAUUGGAUCUAUAAAUAUAAGAUUUUUGCUGAAGGUUCUUGUAGAAGAUGA